AUGCCCGCGCCCCCGGGCCGCGCGCGGGCCCGCGACCGCGGCAACGUGCUGAACCGCGCCGAGUUCCUCUCGCUGAGCCAGCCGCUGAAGGGGGCCCCGGAGCCGCGCGGCGCCGCGCGGCGGCAGAACAGCCAGGGCGGGCCGGCGCAGGCCGAGGGGGCCCGGGAGCGCAGGCAGUCGCAGCAGCUGCCCGAGGAGGACUGCAUGCAGCUGAACCCGUCCUUCCGCGGCAUCGCGUACAGCGCGCUGCUGGCCAUCGACAUCUCGCUCUCGAAGCGGCUGGGCGUGUGCGCCAGCAGCGGCGCGGCCUGGGGCAACGCGCGCUCCAUGGUCAACCUCAUCGGCAUCACGGGCCACGGCGUGCCCUGGAUCGGGGGCACGCUCAUCUGCCUGGUCAAGAGCAGCACGCUGGCCGGCCAGGAGGUCCUCCUGAACCUGCUGCUGGCUUUGCUGUUCGACAUUGUCGCUGUCGCCGGCUUGCAGAAGAUGGCCAAGCGGAAGGGGCCCUUCGACAUCAGCCCGGGCCUGCUGGACUACCUGACUAUGGACGUCUAUGCCUUCCCGGCCGGCCAUGCCAGCCGGGCCGCCAUGGUGUCUAAGUUCUUCCUGAACCACCUGGUUUUAGCCGUCCCGCUCCGGAUCCUGCUCGUGCUUUGGGCCUUCCUGGUCGGCCUUUCCCGGAUCAUGGUUGGGCGACACCACGUCACGGACGUCCUUUCUGGCUUUGCGUUCGGCUACCUGCAGUUCCGGCUGGUGGAGUUUCUGUGGAUGCCUUCCAACACGUGUCAAAUGUUGAUUUCCAUGUGGUGAAGAGCGGUGGCCGCCUUACGCCCCCCUGCACACGCACACGCCCCGUGUUUUUCUUUUGUACGCACAGAAGACAAUACUUUUUUAAAAGCGAGCAUUCUGAAAACGAAGCACAGCAUACAAACGCCCUGUGUGUCGGAAAGGACACCAGCUUCCUUCUGGACGACGACGAUCUGGCCGCAACUCUUUGUGCCUGGCCUACUCUUGACUGGCCGUCAAGACGCACUGCUGUGUUUGGCCAUGUUUUCCUGACUCCCUGUUUGGAUGGCAACUUCCUCUGGCUGCAAAAAGGAGGCAAAGCAACCUUCUUUUGUGCUGUGUUGUCGUGUAGCUGGUGUGCUCUGGAUGUAGGAGCAGCAAGGUCCUGGCCGUUUCAUAGGGAAGCGCAUGCAUUUUCUUUCCCGGAGGAUACAAAAUAAAAGAUGUGCCUGCUUGCCACCUGGCGAGGUACGCGGCACCUCUGAGAUUGCA